AUGGGACGCGGGCAGGGCUUUCUUUCUUUCAAGGGCAGCUAUACGCCGGUGAUUUUGUACGAGGCAGUCGAAAAUUCGAGAUCGCGUUCUGCUACUAACGGUCUCGGUUUUGCGGGUGGUGCGAAGGGCCAACGUCGAGUGGACUGGGCCGAGGACACGGGUGGCCAGGACAGGCCACCUAGGGCGACGACGACUGGUCUGGUGAUGGUCAAGGGGUCCCCGCGACCAAGGUACGACCACUUGCUGGGCCACGAAGACCGCCUCGGCAAGACCCCGCGUGCGGGUUGCCUUUCUGAGAUGACGGCGGCGGCGGCUGACCUGUCUUCGGCACAACCCAUGGAUCCGUACGGCAGUUCUAUGAGCAUGAACAAGACCCCCAAGGAGCCACUCAAGACCCUGCUAGCUCUCGUGUUCAUGGUCGUCUGCGCCGUCAUCAACAUGAUGGCCCUGGCCGUGAUCCACGACCAGGUGCCGCCGCGGGAACGAGGCGCCUUACCCGACGUGGUGCUGGACCACGUGUACACCAACGACUGGGCCCUGUACGUGGCCGAGUACCUGCUCAUGGUCCUCGUGUACUUUUGCGCCCUCCUUGGCCUCCUCCACGUGCAUCGCUGGGUCGUGUUCCGACGCUGGCUCUUCCUACUCGGCCUGCUCUACCUCUACAGAUCCGUGACCAUGUUUGUCACGGUGUUGCCCGUCGCGUCGCCGACGUAUGUGUGCAAUCCGCAGGCGAACCGAACGACGGCGUUGCUUGUCCUGCAGCGCACCGGGGAGCUGUUGUUGGGCCUCGGGUUGUCUGUCAAUGGGUAUCAUCGGUACUGCGGCGACUACCUGUACUCGGCUCUCGUGUUCAUGGUCGUCUGCGCCGUCAUCAACAUGAUGGCCCUGGCCGUGAUCCACGACCAGGUGCCGCCGCGGGAACGAGGCGCCUUGCCCGACGUUGUGCUGGACCACGUGUACACCAACGACUGGGCCCUGUACGUGGCCGAGUACCUGCUCAUGGUCCUGGUGUACUUUUGCGCCCUCCUUGGCCUCCUACACGUGCAUCGCUGGGUCGUGUUCCGACGCUGGCUCUUCCUACUUGGCCUGCUCUACCUCUACCGAUCCGUGACCAUGUUUGUCACAGUGUUGCCCGUCGCGUCGCCGACGUAUGUGUGCAACGGCGUCCGCUUGGCUUGCUGCCGCAACGAACAGGACGUCGCGUGGCCCCUCGACAACAACCCGGAGCCCAACAGACAGUUACCCAUAGUAGCCAUGACGCCGCUGAUGGACAUGAGCCCAGUGUGCUUGGUGCUGGUGCUUGGCGCCCUGGUGGUGCGGGAGUACACGCCUGGCGGCAGCGGAGAUGCCCCGGGCCUGCCGCGACUCUGGGCCCUGCACUGGCUCACGUAUGUCUGGAGUGCCGCGGGUAUUUGCAUGAUCCUGCUGUCCCGGGCCCACUACACGGUGGACGUGGUUGUGGCUUAUUACAUCACGACUCGGCUGUUUUGGACGUAUCACACGUUGGCGAACGCGUUGCAUCCUAGUCUGAAGGUGGGCUCUGACAAAAACCUGUGGAGCAGGACGUGGUGGCAUCCCUUCUUCUGCUACAUGGAGAAAAACGUGGAAUCCCCGUUGCCCAAGGGUUUCGACUGGCCGCUGCCAGUGGGUCGCAUGUGGCACUGGCUUCGAGUCCGGCUCCGCGUUCGGGACUGGUGUCGAUGUCGGUGUCGACGUUACGAAGAGCCCGGCAGAGGCGACAUGUCUCCUAGCUGA